AUGGAAAAUGACAUAUCUGAAGGUACCUCUAUUAUUGUCCAAGGCCGACUUCGAGUGGAUAAUUAUACCAAUUCAAGAGGUGUCCGAGCAACCAGUCUUGCUGUCAUCGUGCAAAGAAUGUGGUUAGACUCGAGGGUUUCUUUAACAGUAACUGGUUCUGGUAUUGAAAGUUCGAACCAGGAUGUCUCUGCUACUGAGCAAAUGACCCAAUUGACUCCAAACCAGCAAAUCCUGUUAGCAGCAAUUGAACAAAGCCAACUCGUUGUUAAUUCCGGAGCAAUUGCCGCAGACCUUUUGUUAAGACUCCAACCAUUUAUUGAUACUAUUAUCCGUAGGGAUCCUGCUCUUCGGGCUGAACAGAUUGUUUCCUUGUUGCCUGAUGGUGUUACUCUUUCCCAAGCUCGAACUUUCCUGGAUGAGAUUACCCCACCAGCUCCUAGUGCUGAUAGCUCCCGGGCUUCCUCUAGAACUCAAUAUAGAAGACCAAUGGAUGUAAACUCUGACUCUGAUUAA